CAGCCGUAUGAGGAUCAAGAAAGGACCGCGCGGCGCCUGGGCGCGGGAGAAAAGGGCGCCUGGCAGCAGGCAGGGCGACCCUCCGCGCGGCUGAGGCUGCCGCCCCCCUGCCUUGGCGGCCGCCCCCCCGAGGGCAAGGGGGCGGAGCGGACCGCACGCCCAGAGCGCCGCUGCUGGUCGACCCCGUGGCCCUGGCCGACGGGCCCCGUGAGGUCUCACUGGCGCAUGGCCCUCGCCAGCCCCUGCGGCGCGGCCGCCGCGCGCGCGCCAGCGCCUCCGGCGCUGGCCGCGGGCCCCCCGCCGCGGUCGAAGGUGCAGGCCGAGGCCAGUGCCCUCGCUGGCGCGGCGUGGCACCCCAGCGGCGCCGCCGGGGCGGCGGCGCUGCUGGCGGCGGCGGCGGCCGCGCGGCCCAGGCGGGCGGGUCGAGCGGCGCAGUGCGGGCGCGGCGCGGGCGCAGGGCGCCGCCGCAGGCGGCCAGGUGUGGCCUCUGCAGCUUCCGCGCCGGCGGCUGAUUCCGCUGCAGGCGCACCGAAGGUUGUCCUGCUCGGGGACUCCGUGUUCGACAACUUCUACUGGCUGCAGACGCCGAAGCGGCAUUUGCGGGUGCAGCUGCAGGAGCUCUUGCGGAAACGGGGAAGACAGGAGGAGGUGGUGAACCUUGCGGUUGACCAGAUGACCACCUUCGAUUUCGAGGAGCGGUCCAUGAAGAAGAACCCUUGGGAUGUCUACCUGACUGCGCGCACACAGGUCGAUUUCGACGACGAGCAGGACCGCACAUACCCCGUUGCGAAGGACGGGUUCAUUCGGUCUGUGGCCAGUCUGAAACGUUUGAAGAAUGUCCAGUGGGCCUUGAUCUCAAUCGGUGGGAACGACGUUCUGCUGAACCCGUUCGUGCAGUCGACACUGACGACCUCGCUGCUUCCUGGACAGGGAGGGAACAGGGAGAAGGUAGCGAACGAGUUUUCCGCGCGGCUCCGCGGCCUGGUGCAGUCCGUCAGGAUGGCUCAGCCCGACGCCUCCAUCGCGCUCGUGGUGCCGUACCGACCACACCUGGAGCACUCGCUGGUCUUCGGAGCGCCUGUGAAUGCCGAUGGCGAGAAGGUCAGCGGCGACGUCGUCGGGGAUAUCGCCAGGGGCCUGGAAAGGCAGUACCUGAGCACGCUGGUGACCCCGAUGGCGAGAGAGAUCCUGGCGGUGGGCCGCGAGUUCGGCUGUCCCGUCGUGGAUUUGUCCAAGACAUUCGACCCUACGGAAGAGCAGCACUACGGCACCGGCAAGAUUGGCAAUGUGAACGAGCUGGGCGUGGCGUGGAGCGGCGCGGAGCCCAGCGACGUCGGCAGCGCCUUCAUAUCCGAGCUCCUGGCCCGCGUGGUACAGGAUGGGCCACCAGUGGAGCCGACCAUCUACUCUGGAAGGCCAGAGCGGAAGAGCAAUGGCUGGUCGCUGAUGGUCAAGUCCCAGCCAAACGACCCGAUGGAAUUGGACACCUACCAGUUCGGGCCCGUCCAGGGCCAGGCGGGCGCCCCCUCACAGAGCGACGCAACGUCGCUCUGGUUCUCCAUCGGCGUCGCGAUCGCGGUGCUGGUGAACGGGGCCAGCCUGCUGGACGCGCUGGUCUUCAGCAGGGAUGAGUUCGAGGCGGAGCUGUCGAGCAACAAAGUCCAGGUGCAGAAUCUCCAGACGGUGCCGCGCCAGGACGCCGAUGCCCAGGGCGCUCCCCAGUAG